AUGGAGAUGAAAAGACCUAUUAUCUUCAUCGGGCAUAGCUUUGGUGGAAUUGUCAUUGUCCAGUCCCUUAUUCGAGCUCGGGAGAGAAAUAAUGACCUAUUUUCCAGUUCCCUUCUCCCAGAAACCUAUGCCACCAUAUUCCUCGGUACCACUCAUCGUGGCUUGAUCAUAGAUGACAUCAAAUCUAUGCUGGAUGAAGACUCGCCACGGAGAGAGCUUCUUGACUCGAUCGACAGGAAUUCUGAUGAACUCAAGGAGGAGCUUAGUAGGUUCAUAGAGUACUGUAAUAGGAUCAAGAUUGUGUCUUUCUAUGACACUAAGCAGACAAGGAAGUUGAAAAAGGAGGAUGGGCGAUGGUCGAGAAAUGGCGAGUACUUUAAGGCGGUCAAUGAUGAAUCAGCUAUGCUGCAGCUUCCAGACCAGAUGGAAAAACCAUUACCUACAGAGGGAGAUCAUUCAGACAUGGUGAAGCUGUGUCACCGUGGUCAUUCCGUAUACACCAGUAUUGUGAGUCACUUGAAGAGGUUUAGCCGAUCCGAUAAAGACAUGUCGAAAGGUGAACUUAAGAUGAAAGGCCUGAGAACCGGCUCCAUGUUUGCACCAGGCUAUCGUUCAAGAGGAUCAACAGUGUCAAUCCUCCUUCAACACAAGGUCGAUCCUGAGGCAUGCUACACUAAAACUGGGCGGGCACUAGAAAUUGCCGCUGCAACUGGAAAUACGGUUAUCUUCGAGCUCUUAUUGAAGAAUGGUGCGGUGGUCAAUACUAAGGUUCUACACUCCGCAGUUGUCCAAGGCUACGCUCAACUAGUAGAGUUGCUGUUUCGAAACGGAGCAGAGCUGCUAGAGACAGAUCCUGGUAAAGGAGCUUUGUUACACAUUGCAGCAAGCGGUGGACACCACAACGUGAUUGAAUCUUUGUUGAGACACGGAGCUGAUAUCGAUUACAUCUCGCCUGAUAUGAGUUCAGUUUUGCAUUGUGCCGCGGCCAACGGACACUAUAAGGCCGUGCAAGUGCUACUCGAAAACGAUGCAGACACGUUUGUUUUAGGUCCAGAGAAAAGAACUGCAUUAGAGGCUGCCGCUGAGGCUGGACAUGUUCAGGUCGGCCCUAAAUAUUGCCGCUGCGCUGCGAGUGGACAUGUUCAAGCCGUCGAAUGCUUGCUUGAGAGUUGGCCGGGGGUUUUACAACUACCGAGAAUUGGCGGUAUGACGGUUCUUCAGAUUGCGGCCAAGCGGGGCCAUGCAAAAGUGGUAAAAUCGCUACUUGAUGCAGGUGCGGAUACUGAGGAGGAGAUGUAUGAAACAGGACAGACUGCGUUGUACCUCACACAUACCCCCGGGAUUGUCGAGCUCCUAAUAGAAAGGGGGGCAAUAAUUCCAGCGGAAGAUUGA